AUGAUUUUCCGAGGCGAAUAUUUGUUUCUAACAUGUUUUUGGUUAAUAAGUGGGGUGAAUGGCCUAGCAAAGGAUGCUAAUGGGAGUUGUCCAUCUACAGCUCAUAUUAGUUGCAAAGAAGGCUUACUUCUACCCGUUUGGUCUCCUGUCGACAACGUCAGUAUUUUACAGACAGCAGGACGAUCAAUUGUCUAUUUUUUGUCUCUAAUGUAUUGUUUUUUGGGAGUCUCAAUUAUUGCGGACAGAUUUAUGGCUGCGAUUGAAGUAAUCACUAGCCAGGAAAAGGAGGUUAGGAUCAAAACAAAAUCAGGUGAAAUCCAAGUUAUAUCCGUUCGAAUAUGGAAUGAAACUGUGUCAAACCUGACAUUAAUGGCACUUGGAUCUUCUGCACCGGAAAUAUUGCUUUCCGUCAUUGAGAUUUGCGGAACUAAUUUCGAAGCUGGAGACCUUGGUCCUGGAACAAUUGUUGGUUCUGCUGCUUUCAAUUUGUUUGUCAUAAUCGGCAUCUGCAUCGCUGUCAUACCGAAAGGAGAAGUGCGCAGGAUAAAGCAUUUUGGCGUUUUUAUUGUCACCGCUAUUUGGAGCAUUUUUGCUUAUCUCUGGCUCUAUUUUAUUAUCGCCAUAACUUCUAAAGGUAUUGUGGAAUUUUGGGAAGCAUUUCUUACAUUUCUUUUUUUCCCAAUCACCGUUAUUACUGCUUACGUGGCUGACAUUAAGCUCUUUCAGAAAAAGUUUUUGAAAAAGAAGUACAAGGCAAGAGGAAAAGGAAAAUAUACUUUCCAAUCAGUUGAUGAUCUAGAAGCAAAUGGAAAAAUUCCCAAUGAAGAAUUUGAAAAAACUCGGCUAGAGUACAUCGAAACCAUAAAAGAAAUUCGCAAAAAGCAUCCCCAUAUUGACCCCAAAGAACUUGAGGAGCUGGCACAAAUAGAAGUUCUGAACAAAGGACCGAAGUCAAGGGCAUAUUAUCGCAUACAGGCAACCCGACAAUUGACAGGAGGUGGCAAUUUAGUGACAAAAUCAAAGCUCGAACGCAAGUUGUCCAUUCAUACUGCCGAAAUAACUGAACUGUAUGGGCCGCAGACUCAGCAAUUCUACUUUGAUCCUGGUCAUUAUACCGUAAUGGAAAACGUCGGCAGCUUCCAUAUUACUGUUUCACGGAGAGGUGGAGACCUUCGAAAUGAGGUUGCAAUCGACUAUGCUACAGAAGAUGGAACUGCAGUUGCCGGUGAAGACUAUGAGCCUACUAAUGGGACACUCGUGUUCAGACCCGAUGAGCAACAUAAGCAAAUCUCCAUAACUGUGAUUGAUGAUGAUAUUUUUGAAGAAGACGAACACUUUAAUGUCCGCCUUAGCAAUCUUCGCAUAGUUCACAGUUACGAGCCGAAUCCUGAUUGUCGGAUCGUUGAUCCGUCUGUCGCUACUGUCAUGGUGCUCGAUGAUGAUCACGCUGGUGUUUUUCACUUUAGUUCUGAAUCAGUCGACGUGAGUGAAUCAUGCGAAGUUGCCGAGUUCUCUGUUUGCCGCAGUUCAGGAGCCCGAGGUGUUGUGCGACUUCCUUUUAAAACGGUUGAUGGAACAGCUAAGGGUAACGGAGAAGACUACAUGGACACGUCCGGAUAUAUUGAGUUUCAGAACGAUCAGACUGAGGCUCUCAUUCGCGUGCCUAUUGUGGACGAUAAUGAAUACGAAAAGAAUGAAUACUUUUUCAUUGAACUUGGAGAACCCAUUCUCAUGGAAAGAGAAGGUAUAGUCAUUAUCUUAACACUCGUAGACUAUUUUCGAAUUGAUCGUUUGGUUAAGCACGGCAAAUGGGCUCUUCUGGUCGGCACUUCCUCCUGGAAGGAGCAGUUUGUAGACGCCAUCACCGUCAGUGCUGGCAGUGACGAAGACCUCGAGGCGAUAGCGGAGGGUGAGGUAAAAAUGCCCUCGUGCAUGGACUACGUUAUGCACUUCUUGACUGUCUUCUGGAAGGUUCUAUUUGCAUUCGUGCCUCCAACCGAUUACGCCGGUGGUUGGUUGUGCUUUGUUGUGAGCAUAAUAGCGAUCGGCUUCCUGACGGCAGUGAUUGGCGACCUCGCCUCCGCCUUCGGGUGCACAGUGGGCCUCACAGACGUCGUCACCGCCACCACCUUCGUUGCUCUGGGCACGAGUUUGCCCGAUACGUUCGCGAGCAAAGUUGCCGCCAUCGGCGACAAGUACGCCGACUCGUCGAUAUGCAAUGUGACGGGGAGCAACGCCGUCAACGUGUUCCUGGGGAUCGGCGUGGCGUGGACCAUCGCGAGCGUCGUCCACUGGGCCCGCGGGACCACCUUUUAUGUUCCCGCUGGUUCGCUUGGGUUCUCAGUGACCAUAUUCUGCAUAUUCGCCCUGGUGGCGAUUGCCGUGUUGGUGAUCCGACGCAAACCAGCCUUCGGUGGCGGCGAGCUGGGCGGCACACCAAUCAGCAUCAAGUGGCUUUCGUCGAUUUUCCUCCUCUCGCUUUGGCUAAUCUAUGUACUUCUCACUUCCCUAGAGAACUACUGCUAUAUUGUCGGCUUCUGA